CUGCCGAGCUCAUCUCAAUCACAUAAAACAUGUGACGCAUCAUGUCCUCGCCCGCAGACUCCUCGCCGGCUCAGCUCGCACCAAGCCAAUGGGGCUCGACUAGGAAGUGUUCGUCGACUAAUAGCGAGUGAGGUGCGCGUGCGCCGCCUCUACCACGCCUCCCGCCCCUCCACCGGCCACCGGCUACCACCGGCCACCACUCGCACCACCACCACCGACUCAGGGUCCAGUUCCCUAUCUCAGAUCUCGUGUUCUGACCGUGAUGAAUGUGUCUCCCACGUGUUCCCCGCCAAGCAGCUCGUGUCUAUUCUUGACUGCUAA